AUGUCUCGAUCGUUCACCGGCUGCAAACGAUGUAAAGCUCGCCGACAGAAAUGUGACGAACAACGACCGAUUUGCGGCCGAUGCAAGACGGCCGGCACGCAGUGUGGGUAUGCGAUGCAGCUGCAAUGGGGAGGAAGAGCCUUUUCGCGAUCAAGGUUCGGCGCCUGCGUGGGGACUGGGGGGAUGCAGAAGUUCGAAUACUCCCCCGGAGAAUUUAUCUACACCACGAAUGCCACCUCCCCCACCGCCGCCGUUGAAACGUUUCCCCUCGUGCAACCCGUCGAUCCGUUCUCCUCGCUCUCAUCGGACAAGAAGGCCCUACUCCACCAUUUUCUCAACGAUGCGUCGCAGAUCACGGCCUGCCAUUCCGGCAUGCAGCGCGAUAUCUGCAAGAUGCUGGUCCCCAUGGCCCUGCAGACCCCGUCGCUACUGUAUGCGACGAUGGCGCUGUCCGCGAUCCACCUACAGGCCUUGUACAAUCAAUCAGAGAACGUCAAGUCGGCGCCGGAUAUCGCCCACCUGAUGGCUCUCAGCCUGGAGCAUUUUCGCAAGGAACUGCAGAAUCCGCAAACGAGGGGCUCGGAUGCGCUGCUGGCCACCGCUCGAACGCUCUGUCUCGCUGAGGUGCACUCGGGCGCUAUCCAUCCGAACUCGUGGCGCGCUCACAUCGAAGGUGCCAGGGCUUUGAUGGCCGCUGCCGAUAACCGAGGAAGAGGAGUGUCGCCUGGCUCAUCGGACGGGUUCCGCAGAUACCUCGACCGGUGGUAUCGAUCGAUCGUGUCGCUGACGGCCUUAACGGGGAACGGGCCGCCGGUCGAAGUCAAAGAAGAGGUUGUGUCCGACAAUCGACAUAUCGAUGCGUCCGAAUCUCCGGACUACCUCGACGACUACUGGGGCUUCACGGUCAACCUGGCGGCGAUCUUCCGGCAGAUCGGGGCAGCAGCCUGGCGACAUCACCCGAGCCACGCGACUCAGGACGGCGGCGACGACGAAAUCACAGUUCUCCACGAAGCGGAGACGCUCGAGUCCUCGCUGCGACGACUCAUGGACCGGGGGGCCGGUUCCAUCCCCACGUUCUACCCAGGGGUCGUCGAAGGCCUAUCCGCCACAUGCAUCCAACAAUCCAUCCUCUGCAACGAAGCCUUCCAGCACGGCGCGCUCAUCCAGAUCCACCGCCGUCUGCGACGGACGCCCGCGUCAGCCCCAGAGGUGCAGGCAUCCGUGAGGCGGAUUCUCGACUGCACGACGCAGAUCGGGCCGUCGUCGGGACUGAGUCCGUGGGUGUUGCUCACGACGCCGUUGUUCAUCGCAGGCUGCGAAGCGCAGGGCGAGGACCGCGCGCAAGUCCGGCAGCUGCUGUCUGCGCUGCACGAUACGAUCCGCGUGCCGAACGUGUUGCAGUCGUUGAAGUUUCUGGAGCAGUAUUGGGGGAAUCAGCUUGAUGAGAGCGAGAGUUGGAAUCAAUUUUUAGAUCGAAUGAGGUUCGAUUUUAUUCCAUAUUGA